AACCAAACCCAAACCCCCUUAUAGCUAAACCAGCCGAGAGAGAAAACCACCUGAUCGUUUUCUGAACAAGCAGCGAGAAUCUUUGAGAGAACCCAGAGAAAAUGAGCGGCGCCGGGAAGAAAGUGAUGGAUGUGGCUAACCUAACCUUCAAGGUUGGGAAGAAGAUCGACUGGGACGGCAUGGCCAAGCUCAUGGUCUCCGAAGAGGCCCGUAAGGAGUUCGCCAAUCUCCGCCGCGCCUUCGAUGAGGUUAACCAGACCCUCGAGACCAAGUUCAGCCAGGAGCCUGAGCCGAUUGACUGGGAGUACUACAGGAAAGGAAUUGGGUCUCGGUUGGUGGAUAUGUACAAGGAGGCCUAUGACAAUGUUAAGAUCCCCAAGUAUGUGGAUACAGUCACUCCUGAGUACAAGCCCAAGUUUGAUGCAUUGUUGGUGGAACUAAAGGAUGCAGAGGAAAAAUCUUUGAAGGAGUCAGAGCGCUUAGAAAAGGAGAUAGCUGAAGUACAAGAGAUGAAGAAAAAGAUUGCCACCAUGACUGCUGAUGAAUACUUUGAGAAACAUCCUGAGCUCAGGAAGAAGUUCGAUGACGAGAUCCGGAAUGACUAUUGGGGUUAUUGAUGACACCCAAGGCUUCGCUGCUUGGCAAUCUUUCUUGAAUGUGUCAUGUUUCCCAUAUGCCUCAUAAUAAAGACACAUUGAUUUUCUCUGUAAUUUGGUUACUUCUGGUUUGAUAAAUGUGAGCUUUAAGAGCACCCCUUCAGAAGUACGCCAAUACAUCGCCUUUACAUUUACAUUAGGCAGUAUCUGAAUUUUAAGGCAUGCUUCAAUUAUUAUCCAGAUUUCAUUUUUGAGCUUUC